AUGAAACAGCGGAUGACACUGGCCGAGAAGAAUGGCUUGUACGCGGAGCACAAGCGAAACCCUCAAGCUACAUACAAUGAAUUGGCUAAAUGGGCGGCGAAAAAGUUCAAACUCGAGACAAUUCCAACAAAAUCUGCGAUUGGAAAGGCCCUUCAGCGAGGCGCAUCGCAAUCCCAGCGCCCCAGCAUCAGCGUCAGGAUGCAGCCAAUGGCCAAGCACAUCAAACAACUUCACUCGCUUGCCACCACGAGUCCCGAAGCCAGGCUCUUGGCGCUUGAAAUUACGGUUUCCAAGACCAUGUACGACGGCGUCGUAUGCAGCAAUCACGGCCAAAAGGGGUACCUGCAUGCCGACCAAGAAUUGGAUCAAUCAACCGUAGGAGACCCACGAGGUAAGUGGACUGUCCAUGCCUUGUGCCGUUGGAAAGAGUUGUCGACGUCAUUGAUUAGCGAGCAGUUCCAACACAUCAACUCGGUACUGUUGCCAACAGGCCAGCAAAUGCAGUUUCAACGUUGA